UCAACGCACAUGUAACCCAAGUGACCUCGGUAGUCGUGUGUAAAAGACCGGACAGUGCAUGUUCUGUAGACUACUUGCAAUAUUACAUGUAGGAUAUUAAUCGUGAACACCAAAGAGGAAGUGAUUGAACACUAUACCAUCACAACCAACCUUCAUUAUUACAGCGCACAGGCUGUCUUAAAGCAAAAUUCAUGGCUGGAAUUGAGGGAUUGUCGCCCGCUGCGGGCCCUAUCGAAACCCGGCCCCCCGAGGACGAGAUUGAAGAUGAUGAAGACGAAGAUUUGGAUGAAACUCUGUUGGAAAGGCUAUGGGGACUCACAGAGAUGUUCCCUGAGUCGCUGCGAAGUGCAGCAGAUGUGUCAGCACAGAGCUCUUUCUCACUUGCCAAGAAGCUUUACAGCUUCUCACGAGCAGCACUUUGGGUGGGCACCACUUCCUUCAUGAUCCUUGUCCUGCCAGUGGUGUUUGAAACAGAGAGACUACAACUUGAGCAGCAGCAACUUCAACAGCAAAGACAGAUCUUAUUGGGACCGAAUGCUGGAAUGUCUGGUGGCAUGCCUGGGAUGAUGCCUCCUGCACCAGGGAAGAUUUGAGGACUGAGCAGCAGUCGAUUUAGACCAGAAAAGACUAGCGGUUGUAAGAGGACAAGAAGAGAACUGCGGGGGGGUCAGCACGCAUACUCAUUCCAACCGAAGGGUGUGAUGAGAGAUGCCAGCCGAUGGAUGGAGAGGAAACACUAACCUUCCUCUCACUCCCUCUGCUCAGAAAUAUCCUCCUGUGUGGACUGACCUCUAAGCACUGAUCUUUUCAUGUUUUUUUUUUAUUAUUAUUAUUUCAUUUCAUGUACUAUAAUAGUUCUGUAUACGUUUGUGUUUUCAGUGGCGUGAGGGUGGGCCAUCUCGGAAGGGUUUGUUUAUCAAGCUGUUUGGUUGCAAUCGUGUGUAUCCUCUUGUCUGGGGUGCAAAUUGUCCGUGGCAGUCCUAACUGUUGCUGGCGUGGCUAACAUGCUAGUGGAGUUACACAAGGCUAAAUAAGUAUACAUGUGGGUAGGGGUCAGAUGCAUUCAGAAAUAUUCUGUUUGUAUGUUAUGUGAAUUUUAAUAAUAUGGUCAUGUCAUCUACAAGAAUGAGCGCUUUAUGACUUUGCCUGAUCAAGCCAUAUGGCAACUUCCUAUAAUUGAAUAGCCUAUGCAGAACAUUAAAAAAGAUACUGUCUACAUUGGUCUACAUUGUUACCCUGCAUCACAAGACAAAAAUGGUCCAAAUGUAUGUAUUGUCCUGAGUGAGUCAAAGAACUACCCCUAUAAGAUGUACAGAGUGGUAUUGAACAAUCACCUAAGCAGCUACAUGUUGUAAAAGUGAAUUGUUGAAUUCUAUCUAUUGUCUUUUUACCUCUGCUUUUGAAGCAAUAUCCAUGUAUGAGGAGACUGCAGAAAUAAAGACGCUACAAACAA